GCUGUUCUGAUUGCUUCCCAGAUAUCCAAAGGGCGGCCAUAUUCAUCCAUUGCCAGUUUCUUCGCACAUCUCGUUCUCCUCUCCUUCACGCAGACCUCACGCCAUAGUUACAAUCGCAAUGAGAGUUCCAUCAGCAUCAUUGCUCCGGGCGAUGAUGCAUCCUCCACAACCCAUCUGUCACCAGAUCCGAUGCAAAUCAGAUUGGAUGCCGCGUGAGAAGUACGCAAAGAUCUCAUCGCUUGAUAAGCUGCACCGGAAGCAAAAGGCCGAAUUCCGAGAGAAACGCUUGGCCGCAGAACUACGAGCUCAGAACAUGACAGAAUUACCUCCAUCGCAGAAAAAAGCCCCACCACCAUCCUCGACGUUGAAUUUGGACUCUCUAUCGUCGUCAGAAUCGCCCUCGUCUCAUCUUCCCUUCCUCAUCUCGCGAACCCCAUCCAAUAAUCUGCCCAUCUACGAGACGGCCAAAGCCGGCGGCUCCAAACACAUAACUUGCAUCCGGAAGAUUACCGGAGAUCUGUCAGAACUUGCUUCGGCAGUCCGUAUGGCCUUGGGCCUGCAGCAAUAUAUUGUCGACCCAAAAGGUCGUAAGAAAGAGACUGUCUCUGUCAACCCAGUGUCCAGACAAGUCAUAAUUCGUGGGUGGAGAGGAUCCGAGGUGAAAAAAUGGGCUGAAUUGUCGGGUUUCUGAAAACAAAUCAACCCUCGAUCAGUAGGUACGACGAUUCAGGUCAGCCGUUAGCCUCAUUACUGGAAUAUUACAUCAUGGGGCCUUCGAGUGCCAACGUGGGACCGCUGCACUUUACUCGGUGGAACUCUAUCAGCCAUAUAUAAGAGAGGGAAGAGCAUAUUGACCCUAGACGAGACACCUCCAGGCACCACGGGUAUCAACAGCUGCUUUAUUGCCGUCCACCAAAGAGCUCAAUAUCACCGACGCAGGGCGGGCUCAUUCGACUUGAAUCAAUACAUUUGCAAUCGUGGACAUGCAAUUACCGUCGACAUGAUCGCCGCCAUAUUCGCAAGCAUAGGCUUGAGACUCGAACGGAUUUGCGUGUCGGUGUAUUUUCCGGGGGUUAAGGACUCGCUUGAACUUCUCUCAGACCGAAUUGUAACAGUAUGACUAAAAGCUUAAUAUAUGUCUAUGUCUGUAUACAUCAGUUAUCCUCUACCUCGUCCACAAAACUGUAACCGAAUUUUGUCCCUGCUUCCUACUCAUCCUUCU